AUGACGGGUCACUCAGUUCCAGUCACCCAGGCUAGCACUGGCUGCUCCAAGCCAGACCCAUGUGCUGCCAGUGGUCAAGUCCAGUCCAGGGCCCAGGCCCUGAGUGGCGCUCAGCCUGGAGCCGGGAGCCGGGAGCCUGGCUCGCGUGCCCUUGGGCAGGUGUUUUGGGCACUUAGCAAAGCAGCGCGCCUAAGAGGUCGCGGCUCCACUGCGGGCCGCGGCUCCACUGCCGGCCGCGCGCGCUGUGAACGCGGACUCUGGCGCGCACACUGCCCUGCCAGCCCACAGCGCCCGCCCGUGGGCCGUGUUCGCUCGGGGCGCGCACUGGCCAGGCCCGCCUCCGCUGGUUUUCGCUUUCGCUUUGCAGCUACUCUGCAGAGAAACAAAGCAGCCUCGACGACUGGAGAUGCGUCCGCGGUGAGGGGAGCUGAGCGCGGCGACCUGGACCCCGGACCCACAGGCGAGGUGGCAGCAUAUCCUGGGCCUCCUUGUGAUGUCAAGCGGCUAAGGAAGAAGAAAAUGGAGUCCCUCCUCCUGGAGACUUGCUUGAAAGCCAGCCAUGAGCUUUUCAUGACAAUGAGACACAUCUGCUCCUGGCAGCACCAAUCUACUUCAAGAGGAAGAUGGGCACCAAAGAGGCUCCUUAAGGAGUUUGAUAGCCAUUUGGGCAAGAAACUGUUCUUGCCUGGACUGUUGCAUAAACUGGACACAAAGAACCUACAGAGAGAGGACUGCUAAACUUGCCUAAGGGUGAGAUGGUCUUUCGGGGUUCCUGACUCAUAAAAGAGUCUGCAAGACAUUCUGCAGGACACAACAAAAAGUGACUAAACUGUCUUUAGAAUUUCCUGCUUGAUAAAAAUGUCUGCUGGAUACUGUGGGCCUGUAGGCUAAAGACAGAUGCCCCAACGGUACAGAGAAACUUUGGAUGACUGUCCAGGCAGCGAGAUGUCUCUGUCAUUUCUAGAGUUUAAAGUAUCUUACUUCUUGUUUACUUAGGUAAUAUUAUAUCCUUCUGGAGUCUUUGAUGGAGUUAAAGAAUGGAUAGAUAGUUAUAGUUUUCCUUAGUUAUGAUAAAAUAGAUAUAAAUAUUAUAACUGUAAUUCUUGCUUGAUAACUGUUUUGCUAUAUGUAAUCUUACUAUGUUAAAAUGAAAGCCUUUCUUUUUUUGUUUAAACAGAAAAAGGGGAAAUGAUGGAGGAAGGUCAUUGGUUAACUAAUAAAGAAACUGCCUAGGCCCAUUUGAUAGGCCAACCCUUAGGUGGGUGGAGUAAACAGAAGAGAAUGCUGGGAGAAAGAAGCCGAGUCAGUGAGUCGCCAUGAUUCUCCCACUCCAGACAGACGCAGGUUAAGAUCUUUCCUGGUAAGCCAGCUCGUGGUACU